CGAUAACUAUACAGCUUACGGAGUAGGCGGUGCAACUAACAAUAAAUAAAUAAUUUUAAUUGCAAAUUUAAGAGAAGCAUAAUUGUGAUAUAGUGUCGAAAGUGUCGCAGCAGUGAGUGCAGCCAGCAUCUUUUGCAGUUUUACGUUUUCACGCCAAUUUAAGCUUAAAUGGUGACCAUGGAGAACAGCGAGGAGAUUUUACAAAUUUUGGAGCGUUUCACGCGUCUCAAGCAGAAGGAGAUACCCAAGGAGCUGGAGGAUUAUUUGCAAUAUGUGGCCAAAACUGGUGACACCAUGUUCAAAUGGUCCAGCCUCAAGUAUCUGUUCCGUGAGAAGCUGCUCAGUGUAAUCAAGCACUUUAAUGAGGACUCUCAGCGUCUCGAGGUAGAAAUCCCCAACUAUCCAAAUGUGGAUCCAUUCAACUAUGAGACAAUGAAGUCAUCGCUUUUGGAGCGUCUCGAUCUAUUCAAUGCGGCACCUUUCACCGUGCAGCGUCUCUGCGAGCUUCUCAUCGAUCCUCGCAAGCAAUAUUCACGCAUUGACAAGUUUAUGCGCGCUCUUGAGAAGAAUAUAUUGGUGGUCAGCACUAUCGAUCCGGGACGCAAGCGGACUGAGAGCGAGAACGGUGAUUCAUUGGAUUCUGUGGGCAAUGGAGAUCUCUCGCUGGAGGUUAACAUCGAUAUCGAAAUGGAGAAUGAGAAUAUUUUUAACAAUGUGGAUGAACGCAACGGUUGCAGUGAGGAGACCAACAGUGGUGCCCUCAAAGCCAACUGUCCACGCUCUGACGAUGCUCCUGUGCAGCCAAAGGCCAAGAAGGCCAAGCUCGAUUACGAUGACAACGAGCAACGCGAUGAGGCCAACGCCAAUGCCAAUGAUAAUGAUGAUCCGGACGAUGAGCCCAUCGAGAGUAAACCAGAGGCAGAUCAAGCUGAUGCUGAUGCAGAUGUUACUGAUGCAGCUGAAGCAACAGAUGCUGUGGAUGCCGCCGAAGAGGCAACUGAAUUCCCAAAGUCGGACGAAACUGAGACUGACGCCGUUGCCGUUGCCGAGGCAACUGAGAUUGAGGAGCCCGAUGAUGAGGAGGAUUCGAAGGCCAAGAAACCAUUCAAUGGCAAUAAUGAGCUCAAGGUGUCGACUGAGACAGCCAACGACAUUCCAGCAGAUGCCGAAUCUGAUGUGGUUGCAGAAGCAGUUAAAGAUUCAUCUGCUGAUAGUCCAGCUAAGAAAGAAUCAACUGAUGCAGUUGAUCAGGCCACAGUCGAUAAGCAGACAAAGAUCAUUGAGAAACAGGAGCUGGAAUCAUCUGAGAAAGUGGAGAAGCCAUUAACAGUUGAGCUGGCUGAGAAGAAAUCCGAUGAAUCGGCUUCAGCUGCUGUCGAGGAAAAGGAGACUACAGCUGAACUGCUGAAACCGGAAGCAGCUGAUAAGUCAGAGAAACAGGCAACAGCAACAGCAACGCCAGAGAAAGCUGCAACCGAGUCAACAGCUGCUGAGCCAAAGGCCACAACAGAAAAGGAUGCGGAUGAUGUGGUGUCCACUGCUGAAGUUGAUGCCAAGACUGACACUGAAUUGGAGGCCAAUUCGAAAGCAGACAUCAAUGAGACCAACACUGAAAAGACUGAGAUUAAGGCCGACGUCGAGCCGGCCAAGGAAACUGCAGAUGCUGCAGUUGUUUCUGUUGCUGCCACGUCGUCAGCUGCAGAGAAGAAGGAGGAUCAGACCAAGACUGCCGUGGCUGAAGCUGCUGCUCCAGCAGAAUCAGUUGCCGAUGUGGCUCCUGUUGAUGAUGCAGCUGCUCCUGUCACUGCUUCUGCUCCCGCUCCAGCUGAAGGGGCUGCCCCUGCUGUGCCCAUUGAGACCGAUGAGGUGGCCACGCCGCAGUCACCACCACCGACUGUCGCCGCCGGCGCCGCAGCAACUGUUGCAACUGCCGCGCCGACUGACGCGGAUGUGGGUAAUUUUGUAGCUAGUGCAACGCCCACAUUGGCAUUGAAUGACCAGCCCAUGGAGGAUACACCUGCCGAGGAGGAGGAGAAUACACGGACCUCGCCAUCGGCAGCCGUGGAGGAGGUUGUCAUGGCUGAGAGUGGAGCUGCUGGCGGUGCUGGGGAUAUGGCCACCGAUGAGGUUGCCAAAGAUGAGCCAGCUGCCAUGGAGGUGGAUGAUACCAGCCAGGAGGUGAUGGAUCAAUAGAGCAGCAACAGCAACAAUUCCAUGCGUCUAUUAUGACUACUUUCAACUACUACUCCGCAUAAAUAGCAUUACGAGUAUCAGACAAAAGUAACUCCUUAUCUCCACCAGACACAGAGAGCGACACACAUCCUACUCAAUAAUACCCAAUUAAAUACCUUAAGAGACAACACACGGCAUCCAGACACAAUAAAGCAUAUAACAUUCAUUAACUAGGAUACGUCGGAUCCUUCCCUUCCAGUCCCCUCCCCAAACAGUAGGUACAUUCAGGCUCAAUGGCCAAGAUCCAUUAAAUCGAAUUGAAUACAACGAUUAUGAGAUUUUGGUUUAACAUUUCAGCCUCUACGUACCUCUCGCAUAGUUGUAAAUUGUAGGCCAACACAUCCACAUACAUACAUUUAUUUACGUAUACAUAUAUGUACUUGUAUUGUAAGUUGAAGCAUUUUAUGUUUCGUAUUAGAGUUCCGUUGGCAUUCAAGUUAAAUGAUCGGAGAAUAAUGUUUUUCUAAGUUGAUCAAUCUGACAAUUCUCAGUUCAUGUUUAUCCAUUUUUGUUUCUCGUAAUCAACUUUUAAAGAACAUCAAAUUAGAUCCAGCUUAUUUAAUUUACUUGCCCGUAUACUAUAAUUGAACUCGCAGUAUUUAAGUUACUUUUCCCCGUCUUAUCCCUUUUUUUAUUUUUAUUUAUGUCUAUCUUUUCUGUUUUUUAUUUGUUUUUUAUCAAUAAUGGGCAAUUAAGAAUAGAUAUGAAUGUUUCUCAGAAUGCAAAAUAAACUAUCUAUAUAAAUUCUCAA